CUCCUGUUGUGUCACUCCACACAGGCAGACAAUCUGCUGCUAUCUUGACCUUUAGUGAGUUACAGUGAAACAGCUCUGCUGAUAAGGAGACUCUUCUUAAACCCCCCGCUGGGACGGACGUGAGACCAGAACCAGACCUGCGCGUCCACUUGUUGACUUCACAGCGGCUCUAUUUAAAGAGACAACGACAUGGCACACGGGCUGGCCAGGCGCGAGUCAGUGGACACGGAGAUGCACAAGUCCAAAGACAACGAGAAGACGCUUGUUUACACCAAGAAGAAGGGCUACGAUGUCAUUAGAAACCCCCACCUGAACAAGGGAAAUGCUUUCUCCCUGGAGGAGCGUCUCCAGCUGGGAAUCCACGGCCUGGUGCCCCCCUGCUUCAUCAGCCAGGACCUCCAGCUGCUCAGAGUCCUCAAAAACUACGACAUGAAAAGAGACGACCUGGACAGAUAUGUGUUCCUGAUUGGGCUCAUGGACCGCAGUGAGAAGCUCUUCUAUCGUCUUAUAAAUUCAGACGUAGAGAGGUUUAUGCCCAUCAUCUACACUCCCACUGUGGGUCUGGCCUGCCAGCAGUAUGGCCUCAUCUUCAGAAGACCAAGGGGGCUUUUCAUCAGCAUUCAUGACCGUGGCCACAUUGCUUCAAUCCUCCAAAACUGGCCUGAAAAGGACAUUAAGGCUGUCUGUGUGACGGAUGGAGAGAGGAUUCUGGGACUGGGAGAUCUGGGCUGCCAUGGAAUGGGGAUCCCGGUUGGCAAGCUGGCCCUCUACACAGCCUGUGGAGGAAUGCCUCCCCAGCAGUGCCUGCCUGUCAUGCUGGAUGUUGGCACAGACAACGAGGUAAGCACCAAGGUCCUACAGAGCAUUAGUAAAAUGAUUCACACCUUUUGA